UUGACAGCUGACAGCUGUCAAUAGAAAGAAAAAAAGAAAAUUGGGAAACUUAAAAAAAUUUCAAAUCUAGUUCUCAACUUAUUUUACAAUUUUCUUUCACCUUGAAAGUAUCUUCAAUUUAACUUUAAAUUAAAGUACACCUGAAACCAACAUGUCAUCUAAUGCUCCCUAUGUAACGGCGGCAGUGGCAGCCGGAGUCCUGGGUUCGGCUUACUGCGCCUACUACAUGUACCAGAAUAACAAAAAGAGACUUCCACAGACUUGGAAUUAUGUUGGCACUUUGCAUGAUAUUUACACAUACCCAGUAAAAUCUUGUGGUGGAAUUAAGUUGGAGAGCUCGGAAUGCUCUAUUCUAGGCUUGAAAAACUCAUGGCUGAGGGACAGAUGCCUAAUGGUAGUUGAUGAGAAGAUGAACUUCAUAACAGCCCGGGCAUACCCGGAGCUGGUCAUGGUGCAACCGUCUAUGCAGGGACCCGUGCUGUCCCUGAAGCAUGAGGACCUGGGAACUAUUCAGGUUGAUUUAGCUGAGGUAGUAGCUACAAAGAAAGCUGAGACGGCCACAGUGUGGGGUGUGCCCGUGCAAGUGCUUGACUGCGGCUCGCAUGUCAGUGAAUGGUUCACCAAGUUGCUGCAGCCAAGUGAGCACACAUUCAAGCUGGUGUACUAUGCCACUCCUAAUCCCAGAAAGCUCAGGAGCACCACCAACAAAGCCUACAAAUUCACCAAAAAUGAUACAGGAGCUCUACCAGAUGAAGUACCGUUUAAUUUAAUUAACGAAGCCUCUGUAGAUGAGUUAAACUCUCGUUUGGGUAAUGUCAAGGUCAGCCACCGCAACUUCCGGCCCAACUUUGUAUUAACAGGAUGCAAAGCUUUCGAGGAAGAUAACUGGAAAUUCAUUAAAAUCGGCGAAAAUGUUUUUGAGAUAAUCAAGCCUUGCACAAGGUGCAUAUUGACUACUAUUGAUCCCGAGACGGGUGUACGUAAUGCGAACAGUGAGCCCCUUGAGACUUUAAAAAGCUACCGUCAGAUCGAGGACCCGGCGCUGCGGCGCUCGGCCGGCGAGUCCCCGCGCAUGGGCCUGCAGAUGGCGCUGCGCACGCCGCCCGGCGCAAGUGUCAAACUGAACGAUAGCAUUUAUGUAGAGUUAAAAUCAUCAAAAAUGACUCCAAACCCUUCACUUACAACAAUAUCGGUGGCCUCAGCAGCUGGUUUGCUUGGCACAGCCUACGUCACGUACUACUUGUACCAGAGGCAGCGAAGGAAGCUUCCUGACACGUGGACCCGUGUGGGGACGCUGAGCGACAUUAUUGUCUACCCUAUAAAGUCGUGCGGUCCCAUACGGCUGGAGACAGCUGAAUGCACCAUCUUGGGCUUGAAAGACGCCUGGCUGCAGGACAGGACCCUAAUGGUCGUCGAUAAGGAUAACAACUUUGUAACAGCCAGGAUUUAUUCAGAGUUGUAUAUGGUGCAGCCGAUUGUUCAUGGAUCCGUCCUGACAUUGAAACACAAAGAUAUGGAACACAUCAGAGUUAAUUUAGCUGAGGUGGUAUCGUUAAAGAAGCCUGAGAAAGCAACGGUAUGGGGAAUAACUGUUCCAGUAAGAGAUUGCGGAUGGGAAGUCAGCGAAUGGUUUUCUAGGCUUUUAGCUCAAAAGACCCAUGAAUUCAAACUGAUGUACUAUGCAUCCGAGAACUGUCGAUCAGUGGGCACUGAAAAGUUCAGAAAAUACUACAAAUACACUAAAAACGAUUGUGGUGCAUUUCCGGACGAUACUUCCUACAGCCUGAUAAACGACGCCUCGGUCCAGGAUCUGAAUCAGCGACUGGAGAAGCCCAUAACCUACGACAACUUCCGCCCCAACUUCGUGCUCAAGGGGGCUAAACCAUACGAAGAGGACAAAUGGAAGUUUGUCAAGAUCGGUCAACACAUCUUUGAAAUCAAACAGCCUUGCACUCGGUGCGUGAUGACUACAAUGGAUCCAGAGACAGGAGUGCGCCACCCAGAUGCUGAACCGUUGAAAACACUCCGAAGUUACAGAUUGGUUGAAAACCCGGAGGAGCGUCACUUUUCCGGAACAUCGCCGAAAAUGGGUUUGCAGAUGACGCUGCGAUCCCAACCAGGAGGCCACGUCUCGCUCAACGACGACGUAUUCGUAGCCUAGAUCUAGAUUAUAUUUCUACACACCUAGCAUAUAGCUCUGUUAUUACAUGCUCCAGCCACAAUCACUAUAAUCGUCAAUAACAAUUAAUGCAUGUUAAAUAAAGUACUUCUACUAAUCAAACGAAAUGAAAUAAAAAUCUCAAAUAAAA